AUGACACGCGCGUGGUGCAUGUUCGAGAUGGUGAAGGCGCUGGCCAAGCCAGCGCGGCUUCACGUCGUGCUGUCCCACGCCGAUGUCAACAGCUUCGAGGAGCUAUUGACGAAACACUUCGAUGACAUCGCCGGCAUCGUCGCCGGCCUGGACGCGCGCAAAGCUCAGGUCAGCAAGCCCGAGGACCGUGACUACAUCCUCGGACAGGUGCGGAUGGUGGACGGUGGCCUCGGCACGGUCACUUCGACCGUCUGCUCCUCGCUGCGCGGUUGGUUGGCAGAGCAGGGGCGGAAGGUGUUGCAGAGCCAUCAUGAAGACAACGGAGAGCAGAACAUCAUCCGACUGAAACACAGGGUGGCCAAGCUACUGAAGGCCCAGGGGGACCUCGCCGGCGCCGAGCCGCUCCUCCGCGAGGCGUUGCAGGCUAACCGCGAGGUCCUCGGCGGGGACCUCGCCGGCGCCGAGCCGCUCUACCGCGAGGCGUUGCAGCCUGGCCGCGAGGUCCUCGGCGACCGGCACCCCUUCACGCUCACCUCGGUGAACAACCUGGCCAUGCUGCUGAAGGCCCAGGGGGACCUCGCCGGCGCCGAGCCGCUCUUCCGCGAGGCGUUGCAGGCACGCCGCGAGGUCCUCAGCGACCGGCGCCCCAGGACGCUCACCUCGGUGAACAACCUGGCCAUGGUGCUGCAGGACCAGGGGACCUCGCCGGCGCCGAGCCGCUCCUCCGCGAGGCGUUGCAGGCGCGCCGCGAGGUCCUCGGCGACGGGCACCCCGACACGCUCACCUCGGCGAACAACCUGGCCAGGCUGCUGGAUGCCAAGGAAGGCAACUGAGGUCCUGCCACGCCGCUGGGGGCCGAGGGCGGCUCCGAGCCAGGCUGGCUGCCGCUACGCGCCCCUUCUCUAG